AUGUUAUUAACUAAUUAUAAGACAGAAUCUAUUCCAGUAAUAAAAUGGGAUCAAUUAAAUAAAAAGUCAUUAAAUUAUAUCACACAAAUUGUUAACACUUACGGCACUGGUAUUCUUGAAAAAGCUGAUGAAACUGGAUUUUAUCCGAUUCAUUGGGCAGUCAUUUCGGGCAUUCCUGAUUUGGUAGAGUUUGUGAUUAGUGCCAAUGUAUUUGUUAGAACUGUGGCUGAACUCGACGAUAGACCCGAACCCAUACAUAUGGCCGCUCUCGAGGGACACAUACCUAUCAUUAAUAUUUUGGUCAAACACGGCAUUGAUAUUAAUGUUAAAGACUUGUCUGGAUGUACACCAUUGAUGAGAGCCGCGUCAUUUGGAUACAAUAAUAAGACAAAAACCUGCGAAACAAUACUUCAUUUGUUGAGCUGUGGCUCUGAUCUAACCCUAACGGACGCAAAUGGUCUCAAUUGUCUUCAUUACGCUAUAAUCAACAACAAUGAAGAAGCGGUUCAUUUGUUGCUAAAUUUAGGUCUAAAUCCAAAUCAAAUGACAAAUAAUGGUUUGCGAGCCAUUCAUUUUGCUGCCAAAAGUGGUAAUGAAUAUCUUAUGAGAUUAUUAGGUCCGCUGACCAACGAUAUGACACAAUCACAGUUGGAGUCAAUGAUAAAUAUGCAUAAAAAGAAUAAAGGUUUUGAUGUUUUGUCAAAAUUGGCGACUCUUUUGGGUCAAUCAGUUGUCUUAAUUUGUAUUUUGAGUACCAUAUUCUGGGCUUAUCCACAAUAUAUACUUUAUUAUAUGCCUAACAGCCAACAAAUACUUCUCAAUACUUUAUUGAUAGCAAUCAAUUUGAUGGCCUGGAUAUCAUGGUAUAGGACGUGUACUUCAGAUCCGGGAUAUUUGCAACAAAAUACUAGUGAAUACAAUAAAAUACUAAAGAAAAUACACGACACCAGACAUGAAACAAAUAUAAAUGACAACAAAAUCAGUCAAAGAUAUGCUUAUCUUCGUUUAUGUCACACCUGUAAGACUGUUCAAACCAUGAGAUCAACUCACUGUCGUUUCUGUAAUCGAUGUACAGCUGGUUAUGAUCACCAUUGCAUAUAUUUAUCCACUUGUAUUGGUCUUAAUAAUCGCAUCCCAUUCUUCUGUCUCAAUAUAAGUUUAUUAUUAGGCGGACUAAUGGGAGCAUUAUUAGUGUACACCGUCUCAAACUUGGACGACCUCUCGCUAUAUUCAUCCUAUCAUUGGUUUAACUUUCUAUACUGUCUUCAGUUCACAACAAUUGGUCUAAUUAUGAGUUUCUGUAAUAUAAGAAGAGCUGCCAUUAAUUUGACCCAAAAUGAAGAAUUCAAGGCUUGGAAGCAACGCUAUCAGCAUUUGAUUGAUUCAAACGGAAAGUUUGUUAAUCCAUAUGAUAGAGGAUUCUGGAAGAAUGUCUGCGAAUACUUCACGACUAAACCCUAUAAGUAUAGCAAAGUUAACACUUUUGACCAAAUAGUUUGA